UAAAAUUAUCAAGUUAUUUUAAUUCAAAGGCUUUUAGCUUGAAGUUGUGUGAGUAUCGAAAAACGCGCCCAAUAACACAAUCCUCUAUAGCGACGAUUGUUUACAUGCACCAUUCAAAAGAGUCAAAAAUUCGUUGACUUUUGGUUUAUUUUUUUAUCUUUUUACAUUCCAACUAAAACCUAGAUCUGUUCAAACAUGUGACCGAUUUGAAUUAGAUUUUUUACGGACAUUCAAAUUGUACAACUAAACAGUGAUAACAGAAAGAUGCGUUGGCAGCCUGGUGGAAACUUUGAAUCUGUUGCAACCAUCUGUAAUUACGAUUGGUUAGAUUGCCCCCAUGCUUUAAUAGAUUACGUUUGGUCCGAAGUAGUUACCGAUGUGGCCGAAUGUUUAGCUACCGAGACUUUUUUAUGGAAGAUUUUAGCUUUACUAGUUGUAUGCGUUAUCAUUUUUCACUUGAUAUUCUGGAUUGUCAGAUGGGUCAAAAGUAUUCAGGCAUAUAAAGAUCAACUUGGAAAAGUUAAUCAAAAAGUCCAAGAUUUAGAAUUGCAAUUGAAUGUUCUCACUUAUAAAAUUCAAUAUGGAGUUUGGUCAUUUUUAAAUAUUGACGAAAAAACAAGUCAUCAGAAAAAUCCUAAGCCAACAUCAUUAAAUUGUGGCGAUUCAAUCAUAAAUAAGGCAAUGAUUGAACAAUCGCGCAAAAAGCUCAAUGGUCUUGGUGGCUGCAUUUCAGAACUCGAAGCCCAGAAAGAUUUUUCUCAAACAAAGAUGUCAGUAAUCAAUUUAUCUAGAGACUUGAUAUUUGACGACAAUUUUCAGCUAUUUAAUAGCUCAUCGGAAAAUAGUUUGAGUAUUACAAACAGUAUUAUUUUAAGUGGAAAGGUAUGUUUCAUCAUUUGAAUGAAUGAAAUUAAUAAUUGAAAUAUUAUCAAUUUAUCAUUGAUCACUUUUAGGAGCACUUGGAUGCCAAUUAUUACUUACUACAAGACAGUUCGCAUUGUUCUAGUAGUGAUAAUGGCGACGCAAAAGACGUCCCGGAUACUUUAUUUUUAUUGGGAAAAGUAUUAGAAAAUUUACAAUGGAAAAUUCGAAAUUAUUAUGUUCAGUAUUUCCAAGCAAAAAUGCUGAUCGAAAGUAAAAAUAAAAAUGUACUCAAUAAUGAAAUUUCACCUACAAGUAAAAAUCAGUACGACGCUUCAAUCCUAAUAGAUCAAAAAUCUCAUAACUAUACUCAAGUCUCCAUUGAUGGUGAUGCAAAGGACGAGCCAAAAAAUAACAAUAAUUCUUCGUCGCACAACCAAAAUUUUCUGAAUAAACCGACACAAGUAGAAUACAUUUCGUAUUCGACGGAAGAGGAUUAUUCUACUACUGAAGAUGCAGCGAGCGAAGAAAUCCACGAUAAAGAAAAUUUAAUUAAACCUCCAAUGCAAGACAUGAUGGAAAAUCUAAACUCGACAACUGAGCAUUAUGCAGAACCGGUUGAAGAUGAAUGUACGAAGA